AUGAAAACUGUUUUGCAAUGGGCAGAGCAUUUGUUGGCGGCUCUUGAUCACCUCAUCGAAAAAGGGAUCAUUCAUCGGGAUUUGAAACCAGAUAAUGUUUUUGUGACAAAGGACUUUGUACUAAAGGUCGGCGAUUUUGGGAGUGCUCGGGAAGCUAGUCGAACAGACACAUUCUCAAACGCUGGCUCUCCUUUAUAUAUGAGUCCUGAGGCUGCCGGCAUUUUUCAGGCUAUGAAGGUCACUCAUAAAAGCGACUUGUAUGCGGUGGGACUAAUUCUUUGGGAAAUUAUUGAGCGGAGGCGUGUUUUUUCGAACCUUUCAGCUGCCGAAUCUCGGGAGGACACUGCUGAGAUUUCAGCCCCGAAUUGUCAGCACCCAAUCCGUGAAAUUAUUAUAAAUUGCGCUCAACGUGAUUAUGAAAAACGACCGAAUCCUCAAGAUGUAUAUCGCGAGAUUCAGCGGCACAAUCGGAUGUACACUCGUGACAAUGCUUACCCUGUUGACGACAUUGAACAAAGAACGCUCUUACAUCCAAUUGGAUUUGAUGGAACGGAAAAUAGAAUCCCACUCUUUGAAGAAUUCAAUCUAACACCAUGGGAUCUGCCAUCAACGGAUCGCUCUUAUAUCGCUCUUGAUUUACCGGAGAACGAUCUCGAGAAAACCGGUACUCUAUGUAUCGAUUUGGAAUGUGGAGGUGUGUACACCGAAUCGCUGAAUCCAGGCGAUAUAUUGCCUGAGAAAUUGGCCCGAAUCACGGCCGAGCAUCUACUGUGCUUGAUGAAAGCCUUGCAUGCACUAAUUUCAAGCAAAACAAAAAAGAAUAAGACUUCACUUGAUAACGAAGCGAUUUUUCGAGCAGAGUUUGCUUCUCUGGCGACAGAU